UCAGGCUGCCCGCAGUGACGUCAGGCGCUGAUGAGCCGGGCGGUCGCGGUCGGUGUGGGCUCCGCGGUGGCGAGGCUCGGGGGCCGCCCGGGGCCGGGCCGCGGCUGCUGCCGAUUCCUCGCCUCGCGGGGAAGCCGGAGGGUCACUGCUUCAUCCGCUUCAGGUUUUCGCUGUCAGUGGGGCUCGACCUCAGCGCGGCUGCGUGACGGCAGCCCGGACACUGCCGACUGGACAGGAGCUAAUGGCAAGGGCAGGGCGCCCGCCAGGGAGCUGAGCACGUCAACAGUAUGCUUGCAGUAUGAUUUGAGAAAAGUAGACCUGUUGCCAUCGGAGAUUCAAAAAUUUUACUUUGAUACUCAUGCAGUAGUGCGACUACUAGAAGAAAAUGGCCUCAGCACUGAUCAAUCAGAGGUUGUGGUAGCUGCAUUGCUGAAGAUCAUGAAUUCUAAUAUGCAAAUGAUUUAUAAGGAUAUGGUGACCAAAGUUCAACAGGAGAUAAUGCUUCAGCAGAUAAUGUCACAAAUAGCCGGAGUGAAAAAGGACAUGAUUAUCUUAGAAAAGAGUGAAUUCUCAGCAUUACGAGCAGAGAAUGAGAAACUGAAAAUUGAAUUGUUUCAGCUCCAAAAGCAAUUAAUAGAGAUAAUGCUUCAGCAGAUAAUGUCACAAAUAGCCGGAGUGAAAAAGGACAUGAUUAUCUUAGAAAAGAGUGAAUUCUCAGCAUUACGAGCAGAGAAUGAGAAACUGAAAAUUGAAUUGUUUCAGCUCCAAAAGCAAUUAAUAGAUGAAGUCAACAAGCUGUCUACAAGUAACAAGCUGGACCUUAACUUGGAUAAGAGUAGAGUUAAAGAAAUGUUCAAUGAACAUGAAAAACGACUACUGGAAACCAGGUCACAAAUAGUGGAGUUGAAUUCACAACAAGAACGUGCCGUGACUCAGACAGAUCGGAAAAUAGAGACUGAAGUAGCAGGACUCAAAACCUUGCUAGAGUCACAUAAACUUGACACAAUAAAGUAUUUAGCAGGUUCAGUUUUCACAUGCCUUACAAUAGCGCUUGGAUUUUACCGUGUCUGGAUGUGAAACACAUAUUCCUGCUAAUGGAUCUCAAUAUUCUCUCUUGAAGCAUGUACUUCAGUGGUGGUUACGUGUAAAUAUUUAAUGGAUCCAUUUCAUUUGAAGUGCACUGGAUGCCUUAAAGAAAUCAAGAAAUAUAUAUAGAUUGAUGAUGUAAUUCAAUGAAGCUAUUAUAACACAUAUCAACUGUUUUUAAAUGUAAUAAUUCACUCAUAUUGAGGAAUGUGACUUUAAAUUUGUAUUGUUUAAUUUAACACAUUUUUUGCAAUUUUUUUUACCAAGAAAUAUAUUUACUCAAGAAAUAAUUAAAUAGUGUGACGACCAGUUAAUGUCAUCCUGUUCACAGUGUGAGGUAGGUGGUUCAGCAUGGUGGCUGUAAAGGGAAUGCUGCUGGUUUUAAGUUAAACACUGAUAAAGAAAAUACGUUCACAUUUGUCAGUAAUUUACCCAAAGUUAACGGAUGAGAUUGAAAGAUUCAAAUGAUUAUAAUAAAGCUAUGGAAUUAAAGAGUUUCUGAAUGGAUA